AUGGUUCUGUUGAAACUACCAUCACAUAUACCAACCCACCAGGUGGUACUGAUUCUGUUGUUGUCAUUGAACCACCAAACCCAACUGUCACCACCACCGAGUAUGGAUCUGUUGAAACUACCAUCACAUAUACCAACCCACCAGGUGGUACUGAUUCUGUUGUUGUCAUUGAACCACCAAACCCAACUGUCACCACCACCGAGUAUGGUUCCGUUGAAACUACCAUCACAUAUACCAACCCACCAGGUGGUACUGAUUCUGUUGUUGUCAUUGAACCACCAAACCCAACUGUCACCACCACCGAGUAUGGUUCUGUUGAAACUACCAUCACAUAUACCAACCCACCAGGUGGUACUGAUUCUGUUGUUGUCAUUGAACCACCAAACCCAACUGUCACCACCACCGAGUAUGGAUCUGUUGAAACUACCAUCACAUAUACCAACCCACCAGGUGGCACUGAUUCUGUUGUUGUCAUUGAACCACCAAACCCAACUGUCACCACCACCGAGUAUGGAUCUGUUGAAACUACCAUCACAUAUACCAACCCACCAGGUGGCACUGAUUCUGUUGUUGUCAUUGAACCCUCCAAACCCAACUGUCACCACCACCGAGUAUGGUUCUGUUGAAACUACCAUCACAUAUACCAACCCACCAGGUGGCACUGAUUCUGUUGUUGUCAUUGAACCACCAAACCCAACUGUCACCACCACCGAGUAUGGAUCUGUUGAAACUACCAUCACAUAUACCAACCCACCAGGUGGUACUGAUUCUGUUGUUGUCAUUGAACCACCAAACCCAACUGUCACCACCACCGAGUAUGGUUCCGUUGAAACUACCAUCACAUAUACCAACCCACCAGGUGGUACUGAUUCUGUUGUUGUCAUUGAACCACCAAACCCAACUGUCACCACCACCGAGUAUGGGUCUGUUUCUGAACCAACCACCAUCACCUACACCAACCCACCAGGUGGCACUGAUUCUGUUGUUGUCAUUGAACCACCAAACCCAACUGUCACCACCACCGAGUAUGGUUCUGUUGAAACUACCAUCACAUAUACCAACCCACCAGGUGGUACUGAUUCUGUUGUUGUCAUUGAACCACCAAACCCAACUGUCACCACCACCGAGUAUGGUUCUGUUGAAACUACCAUCACCUACACCAACCCACCAGGUGGCACUGAUUCUGUUGUUGUCAUUGAACCACCAAACCCAACUGUCACCACCACCGAGUAUGGAUCUGUUGAAACUACCAUCACAUAUACCAACCCACCAGGUGGCACUGAUUCUGUUGUUGUCAUUGAACCACCAAACCCAACUGUCACCACCACCGAGUAUGGUUCCGUUGAAACUACCAUCACAUAUACCAACCCACCAGGUGGUACUGAUUCUGUUGUUGUCAUUGAACCACCAAACCCAACUGUCACCACCACCGAGUAUGGUUCUGUUGAAACUACCAUCACCUACACCAACCCACCAGGUGGCACUGAUUCUGUUGUUGUCAUUGAACCACCAAACCCAACUGUCACCACCACCGAGUAUGGAUCUGUUGAAACUACCAUCACAUAUACCAACCCACCAGGUGGCACUGAUUCUGUUGUUGUCAUUGAACCACCAAACCCAACUGUCACUACUACCGAGUAUGGAUCUGUUUCUGAACCAACCACCAUCACCUACACCAACCCACCAGGUGGCACUGAUUCUGUUGUUGUCAUUGAACCACCAAACCCAACUGUCACCACCACCGAGUAUGGGUCUGUUUCUGAACCAACCACCAUCACCUACACCAACCCACCAGGUGGCACUGAUUCUGUUGUUGUCAUUGAACCACCAAACCCAACUGUCACCACCACCGAGUAUGGGUCUGUUUCUGAACCAACCACCAUCACCUACACCAACCCACCAGGUGGCACUGAUUCUGUUGUUAUCGUUGAACCACCAAACCCAACUGUCACCACCACCGAGUAUGGGUCUGUUUCUGAACCAACCACCAUCACCUACACCAACCCACCAGGUGGCACUGAUUCUGUUGUUAUCGUUGAACCACCAAACCCAACUGUCACUACUACCGAGUAUGGUUCCGUUGAAACUACCAUCACAUAUACCAACCCACCAGGUGGCACUGAUUCUGUUGUUGUCAUUGAACCACCAAACCCAACUGUCACCACCACCGAGUAUGGUUCCGUUGAAACUACCAUCACAUAUACCAACCCACCAGGUGGCACUGAUUCUGUUGUUAUCGUUGAUAUUGAAUCCACUACUGAGUCUACUAUUGAAUCUACUGAGUCUACUGUUGAAUCUACUGAAUCUACUUCUGAGUCCACUGAAUCUACUGCUGAGUCCACUGAAUCUACUGCUGAGUCCACUGAAUCUACUGUCGAAUCCACCGAGUCUGCUGUUGAAUCUACUGUUGAAUCUACUGUUGAAUCUACUGUUGAAUCUACUGUUGAAUCUACUGUUGAAUCUACUGUUGAAUCUACUGUUGAAACUACUGUUGAAUCUACUGUUGAAUCUACUGUUGAACCCUCAUCUGAAUCCUCAAUUGAAUCAUCUUUUGAAUCUGCUGAGUCCACUAUUGAUUCUUCAACCGAAUCUACUGAGUCUAUUACUGGGUUAUCGAGUGAAACUGGGGUUCAAUCUACUAGUGAAUUUAUUGGUGAGUCUUCUUUUGAAUCUUCAAUGGAAACUACCGAGUCAACAGAAUCUGCAUUUUCUACUUUGUCUUUCCCUUCUGCUGUUUAUUCAAGUUCUCUGGAUUCUUCUUCAAAACCUCAUUGGCUCAACACAACUGUUUCACAAAGUUCAUUCCCUGAUUAUUCAUCAUCUUCAGAAUUGGAUUAUUUCUCAAGUUCGGUUGUUUCUGAAGACACUAUUGUGUAUCCAUCACCAUUUUCUUCAUUAUCAUCUUCAUUUGAAUCUAUGGUCAUUUCUUCUACAUCUGAUAAUUCCGAAAACCCAAGUGCAACUUUUGAUUCUUCAUCAUUUAUUUCAUCUAUCGUAUCUACAUCAAUAGAAAUGGAAUUUUCAUCUGAAUCGGAUUCAGUUAUUUUCACUUUGACAUAUAGUUUUUCAUCUGAAACAGAUUCCACAGUUGCUUCUACCGAAACGGUACAAUCAUCUUCAUAUAGUGUUUCCACAGAAACAGUUUCAUCAACAGAAUCACAAUCAAUUGAACCAACAGGUUCUUCUUUAUCUACUGGGGCUAGUGAGUCAACUACCAAUUUAAUUUCGUCAUCCAGUUUUAGUUCAUCUACUUCCUUUACUUUAUUGAGUUCACUGACUGUUGUUGCUGUUUCUUCUGAUUUGUCUUCAUCCUUGGUUUCUAAAUCUAUCUACAGUUCACAGAAUACAAACUUUGAAUCAAGUGAGUCUAAUCAAGGAUUUCUUUCUUCUGGUAUUGAAUCGCCAUCUUCAGAAAAUAUGAUUCCAUCUACAACUACUGAAUCAUUCCUGUUCUCAACUUCAACAGAUCUUACAACAGGACCAAGAUCUAGUAUUGUUUCUACUGAAAACCCUACUAUCAGUAAAUCUGCAGGUGAUACCAGUUCUGAUUCAAAUAUUGCUUCUAUUGUUUUAUCAGAGAAUACAGUAACUAGUCCAACUAAUGUUGAUACUUUCACAGCUUCUGCUUCUGCUUCUGCUUCUGCUUCUGCUUCUGCUUCUGCUUCUGCUUCUGCUUCUGCUUCUGCUUCUGCUUCUGCUUCUGCUUCUGCUUCUGCUUCUGCUUCUGCUUCUGCUUCUGCUUCUGCUUCUGCUUCUGCUUCUGCUUCUGCUUCUGCUUCUGCUUCAGCUUCUAGUGCAACUGAAGUUCACACCAAUAACCCUUCCUCCAGCAGUACCGAAGGCAGUAUGGCUUCUGAUACAAAUGUUUCAAGAAGUGCAUCUCUUUCAGUAUCUGCUGCUUCUACCAUUUCAUCAACACCUACUGAAAGUGUUAAUACAGAACCUGGUUCAAGCACCAAUGCUGGAAUUGAAAACGCCACAUCACAUGGGUCUCCUUUGCAAUCUGUUACUAUUACAGAAUCUCAAGGUGUUGAAACAGGUUUAUCUUCUGCUGGUUUUGGAACUGGUUUACAACAAACCACAUUAAGUGAACAUACUACUUCUAAUAAACCAAAUACCAAUGUUAUCACCACCUAUGAAGGAUCUGGUGCAGUUAUUGGGGUUUCUGGUUUGACAUUUGUCUUGUUUUCGUUAUUAUCUUUCAUUUUCUAA